UUCAGUUCACGAGCGGCGUUCUUUCCGUCCCUAUUGCAAAUAUUUGCUACGUAUCAGAUAACUCAUCUCCGGAAAACUUCUCCAAAGGCCGUUUGGCUUUUCAGCUUUUAUACGUUCCAAAAUGACAUUAAAAGUUGUGAUUUGUGUUGCCGCGUUGCUGAUUGAUCUUCAGGGAACUUGGAGCGAUGAGGCAUCAUCGGCGGCGAAGAUAGGCUCGAUGCAGAGCAACAUCAAGGGGCUGCUCCAGAAGGCCGACAAGGAGAUCGAGGAGGAGGUGCGGGACAUCAUGUCCCGGAUCCUCUUCAUCCGCGACCAGGAGGUGGCCGAGAAGAAGACGAAGCUGGCGACGGACAUGAAGCCGGUGACGGAGUCCCUGAGGGAGCUCCUGGAGCGGACCCGGGCCGAUGAGCCGGAGAACGGGUGUCUCGCCGAGUUCGACCCCAACUACGCCCAGGCCGUCACCAACGCCGGCUACGAGCACUUCCGCGGCUGCGUCGCCAACUACCCGCCCGGCGGCUCCGUCAACAUGGACAUCACCGAGCUCCGACAGAGCUUCCGGGACCUCGAGCGCAACACCAGUGACGCCUUGAAUGACUGCAAACAGGGACCCGAAGUACACGCGGAGAUAUGUUUGGAAUCCCUGAACGAGGCGUUCCGAGCGGACUUGGCCCGACUCAAGGAAUCCAGGAUGACGCACAUGAAAUCGGAGGCCGCGGAGGCCGAGAUCCUGGAACGCGUCAAGAUGGAGGAGUGCAUGAAGGAGGCCCUCACCAACGCCCGCGUCAUGAAAGACACCUUCAAAGACGUCAUCCACAACUGCGUAACCCAGCCCCGCCAAAUCGAUCCCAGGAUCAACCUGGCACUCCCCAGGGAGUAGGACCACCGUCCGGCCGCCCCGCACUGAAAAAAAAAAUCUUGGUGUAUUUACUAAGGAAAGGGUAAAAUUACCAAGAAUUCAGGGCUCUAUUUGA